UCGGUUAUUACAUAGACGUGUCUACGCGGACGACAGCAUUCGACAUAUGCAUUGGCGGUUCAUGAUAUCACAAUAUUUGUUCAGUAAACGUGCUCUUUACGAAUAUCUGCUAAUAUAUGUAUCUCAUAAUCAACGUGGUAAUGUGGCUUCAUGUUCAAGAAACGCUCUUUGUAUUCAACUAAAGCCCUGAAUUGAGCUUAAACGAAGGAGGAAGUACGUGGAGGUUAAAUCUCUUGUUUCUCUUGGGCUAGCUAGCACCGGGUCGUUAGCAUCCGCCAUAUGAAGCUGGUUUAAACCUUCCUGCUUAGGUUAGUGAAGACUGAGGAAAUGUGAGAUCGGUUUUCUUCUACAUCUCCAACGCAGUCGUGAAGGGAAUAGUGUUGAAAAUGUCCGUGUUUAGCCUCGCUGCAACGCGCACCUGUCGUGGUUUGUCACUGAGAAACAUCAGGCCUCCACUGAAGCUAACAAGCUCAACUGAAACAACAAAGUAUGGACACUUGAACCUGCAGAGCCACAUCUCCACUGUAACACGCGUGUUCAGCUCUGCACCACACAACCCAAAGGUGCCUGAGUUUGCAACAUGGGAACCAGUACCAGAGGACCAACGACCCCCGCCCACACAAAUCCCUGCAGACCUCGUGGACAAACUGGAGCGACUGGCCUUGGUUGAUUUCCGGACCAAACAGGGUCUGGCCUGUUUGGAGAAAGCGAUACGGUUUGCAGAUCAGCUUCAUGUGGUUGACACGUCGGGGAUUGAGCCCAUGGAUUCAGUCCUGGAGGACAGGGCUCUAUACCUGAGGAAUGACACAGUGAUGGAAGGGGACUGUGCUGAGGAACUGCUUCAGCUCUCCAAAAACACAGUGGAAGAAUAUUUUGUGGCACCACCAGGAAAUAUUCCUUUACCAAAGCGAGAAGAGAGGGCCGCAUUACUGAAACACUCAGAGUUCUGAUAUUUGUGGUCUUUUCCUGGAUUUCAUUGACAUUGUUUUUUUAAUUUGGAGAAUGGAUGUGUCUUCCAAGAAUUGCAAUAUAUGAUCAAUUGACUAAGAAAAAGACUUGGUCUUAGUGUGCUGCUUAUCUGCAGCCAAUAACAGCUAUCAAAAAGCUUUAUCAGAAAUAUAUAGUACAGUGCAUGUUCUGGAACAGGAAAAAUAAAAAGCUGCUUUUCAUUUACUUUUAGUUUUACACUUUACUUUUACACUUUUACACAAUUUUUUUGUUUCACUAUCCUUUCAUCAAAAUGGUGAGUGAGCAGUAUGUGUGGCCAAAUAGUGUAAUGAGGAUAUACAUUAAUUUGAUUCUAUUUAUUAGUUAUGAUGGAUUUAUAUUAUUUUCAUGUGUGAUUUCUUUGUAAUGUUGUUUAACUUUAAUAAAAAAAAUGUAUAUAUC